AAAAAAAAAAAAAAAAUGGCGUCCACAAGUACUGACACAACUGGUCUUCGUGAUAUUACAAAGAUGGAACGUAUUGGUGCACACUCUCACAUUCAUGGCUUGGGAUUGGAUGACAAUCUGGAGGCUCGAGAGACAGGUCAAGGAAUGGUUGGUCAAUUGAAAGCACGUCGUGCUGCAGGUGUGAUGCUAAAGAUGAUCCAGGAUGGCAACAAGAACGCAGGACGGGCCAUCUUGAUGGCAGGAGCCCCCGGUACAGGAAAGACAGCUAUUGCAAUGGGGAUGGCCCAAUCUCUGGGCGCAGAUGUCCCCUUUACGAUGUUGGCUGCCUCAGAGAUCUUUUCAUUGGAGAUGAGCAAGACAGAAGCAUUGACUCAAGCCUUUAGACGAUCGAUCGGUGUGCGAAUCAAGGAAGAAUCAGAGAUCAUUGAAGGAGAAGUGGUCGAGAUUCAGAUCGAUCGUUCCACAACAGGACUUGGCCAGAAAUCUGGUAAGCUAACACUCAAGACCACAGAGAUGGAGACAAUGUACGAUUUGGGAGCAAAGAUGAUUGAUGCACUCAACAAGGAAAAGGUCAUGGCAGGAGAUGUGAUUACGAUCGACAAGGCAUCGGGCAGGAUUUCCAAGUUGGGACGUUCAUUCACCCGAGCACGCGAUUAUGAUGCCAUGGGCUCGGAUACAAAGUUUGUACAGUGUCCGGAUGGGGAACUUCAGAAGCGUAAGGAGGUUGUUCAUACGGUCUCUCUACAUGAGAUGGAUGUGAUCAAUUCGAGAUCCCAGGGGUUCUUGGCCCUCUUCUCUGGUGAUACAGGAGAGAUCAAGACAGAGGUUCGGGAACAGAUCAAUCAAAAAGUGGGCGAGUGGCGUGAGGAGGGCAAGGCAGAGAUUGUUCCAGGGGUGUUGUUCAUUGAUGAGGUUCAUGUUCUGGACAUUGAGUGUUUCUCGUUCUUGAACCGUGCUUUGGAAGAUCCUCUGGCACCGGUGGUGAUCAUGGCCUCCAACCGAGGGAUUUCCAAGAUCCGAGGCACCAAUUACAAGUCACCCCAUGGAUUGCCUGUGGAUCUAUUGGAUCGAUUGUUGAUCAUCAGCACGACAGCGUACACGGAACCGGAGAUCAAACAGAUUUUGACGAUUCGAUGUGAGGAAGAAGAUGUGCAGAUGACAGAGGAUGCAAAGGAUAUUUUGACCAGGAUCGGGAUGGAGACCUCGUUGCGGUAUGCCAUCCACUUGAUCACAGCUUCUUCGUUUGUGGCCAAGAAGCGAAAGGCGGCUGCGGUGGAUGUGGCGGAUAUUAAGAGGGUGUAUUCGCUAUUCUUGGAUGAGAAGCGCUCAGUUCAGAUGUUGAAGGAGUACCAAGGCCAGUAUAUGUAUAAUGAGAUCGACAUGGCAGAUCGCGAGCCUGCUAUUGGCAACAGCAUGCAGAUGAGCGUGUAGAAAUAAAU